AUGGCUUUUUCGUCAAGUCCAAUUGAUCUUGAUUCGAACUCAUCCUCAGUUGGAGAGAGUGAUAGUUUGUUAGGAAAUCUUGUAAUCUACAAAUAUAGUGAAGAUACUGUAAGGUUGGCGCUUGCGGAGAUGAGAACUUUGCAAGCUGCUCUUUUCAUCUCACUCAUCAACCUUCUCUUCUUUACCCUUGUCAGUGGUAAUUGCUACAUUUGUCCUAAGCCUUAUAAGCCAAACCCUAACCCAAGCCCGAGUACUAGUACUACUCCGGCAACCACGCAGAGCUGCCCCAUAGACGCCCUGAAGCUGGGAGUCUGUGCCAAGCUACUUAAUGGAACGGUCGGUGCAGUUGUUGGGACCCCACCAGAUGACCUUGCAUGCUGCUCUCUAAUUGGAGGGCUUAUCGAUCUUGAAGCUGCACUCUGCCUCUGCACUGCCAUUAAGGCUAACAUUCUUGGCAUCAACCUUAACAUUCCCGUUUCCCUUAGCUUGCUCAUCAAUACUUGUGGGAAGAACGUCCCCUCUGGCUUCCAAUGUGCCUAGCGACGCAUGCAUGACUUCUUUAGAUCUAUCUAUCUGAUUUGUAACGCUGCUGUGUAUUUGUGUGUUUUUUGUUACUUUUUGUACGUUUUUCUUAUCUCCUAGCCUUCAUGAUGAAGU